UUUGCGCAAACAGUAUAUUCUGUGAUCAUACUAUCAAUGAUACAUCCACAUCGUUGUUAACUGUUGUAAAUAAGAAGACUAGGUUUCAGAUGGCCAAUCUUUACAAGAACUAUUUAAAACUGUUGAAACAAUGGCCGUUGGAUCCUAGUAAACCCGGCAGGGAUUUAGGUGAAUAUAUCCGUAAAGAAGUGGGAACUGCUUUCAGCGCAGGCGAUACAUUUCGCGGUGACACCAUAAAGUGUAUGAAGAAGUACGAUUCUCUCAAACGUCUGGCUGAUAAUCACUACUGCAAUAAAUAUAAACGUACAAUACAAUCUUCUGCAACUGGGCUCACUGUUGAACAUUGCACUUCAAUCUUGUCUAAAGAGUCAUUAGAAAUUUUGAAGAACAACAAUGAAGGUGUUAUUAAGUCGACUUUUAACCAAAUUAAGAAUAAAAUAUUACAGGCGACAGCUAAGCAACAGGCCUCACCAGCCAGUACUUCUGGAAGAAGCAAUUAAUUACCUGUCUCCUCAAAAGGACCAUUGCAUCUUGGACAUGACAUUUGGUGCUGGUGGACAUACAGAAAGGAUUUUACAAGAAAAUGAUUCAACAGUUGUUUAUUGUUUGGACAGAGAUCCUACUGCAUUUGUCAUGGCAAAAAAACUUUCCGAACGUUAUCCAAAUAGAGUGGUACCUUUAAAAGGCAAAUUUAGUGAUUUGCCUAUUCUUUUAAAAAAUUUAGACAAAAAAAUGAAUAGUUUCGAUGGUAUUUUAUUUGAUUUUGGUGCAUCUUCUAUGCAGUUUGAUACACCAUCUAGAGGUUUUUCUAUUAGUAAGAAUGGCCCUUUGGAUAUGAGAAUGGAUCCCGAGGAACAGACUAUAACAGCAGCAGACGUGUUGGCCAAAGCUGAUCAAUCUGAUCUGUAUAAAAUAUUUAAAGUAUACGGAGAGGAAAAACAAUCAAAAAAAAUUGCAAAUGCUGUUAUUGAAGCAAGGUAUUUAUUUAAAGAAUUUAAAACUACGCAUGAUUUUUGUGAAUUGGUUCAAAACAUAUGCGGAAAUGAGAUGAGAAGUGAUAUGUUACAGAGACCAGCACAUCCUGCCACCAAAGUGUUCCAAGCAUUACGUAUAUUUGUUAACAAUGAAUUAAAUGAGAUUAACCAUGGUAUAGUGUUGGCAAGACAUUAUUUGAAACUGGGUGGGAUAAUGGUUACUCUUGCUUUUCAUUCGCUUGAAGACACUAUUGUUAAACGUCAUAUACAGGGAAACGUUAAUGAAAACACAGCCAACACUCUACCUUUGAAGUAUGUCAAUCCUAUGCAGAUUUACGAUAAAGAUUUCAUGGACACAAUGAAUCUUACUUGUUGGCAUCAGAUUCAUAAGCAUGUAAUCACUCCAAGUGUUGAAGAAGUUGAAAUCAAUCCUAGAAGUAGAUCAGCACGUCUCAGAGCAGCUAUUCGAAUCAAAUAGAUCAUUUUUCUUUAGUAAUUUUAUAAUAAUAUAAACUAAUAAAUAUAAUUUAGUAUUUUAUUUUUAAACUGUUGUAUAUUUUUAUGCGCAUUAUGUAAUUGUAAUCAAUCAGUUGUUAAUAGUCAAAAUUAGAUUAAGGCUUAAUUAAUGUAAUCAUUAAGGAAACAGAAAAUAGUAAUAAAUACAAUGCAAUCAGGUGAUUCAA